AUGGCACGUUUUGUUAUGAACGCAUAUACCGUCAUGUGCGUCGGGGCUGUUACGGCCAGCUACUUGUAUCAUCGAUGGCGUAAUGGAUACUAUUCUUGCAGCUUUUAUAGCAUCUACAAGUAUGUCACAAUGAUCGAAAAUGCUUUCAGUUUAGCCUCGGCUCUUCAAUUUAUGCUUAGCGCUAUGGUGCUUUGCUUAGUAGGUGUACAAUUUUUAUCAAUCGAAAACCCUUCUAGCCAUUGCAUGCAGAUAAUGUGGAUGGCCGUGUACUUAACGUGUAUGCUUACUGAAGUUUUCAUUUUGUGUUGGUUUGGAAAUCAAUUGAUUAUAAAGAGCUUGGAGCUACAAAAUGCUGCAUUUGCCAGUCCAUGGUUAGGCACUGAUUCAACUGACAAACUUUUUAUAAUAAUUUUGAUGGAGCGAUCCAAGCGACCUCUUCAAGUUACUGCUGGAAAAAUAUUUACUCUAUCCCUCGAUGCAUAUACAAAUCUCAUUAACUGGUCAUACAAGGCUUUCGCUGUGAUGAGGAAUAUGAAAAAUAAUGUUGUAAUAUUUGAUGAGUAA